AUGUUUCUGAACAAGAUGCUAUCUACAGCCUUGCAAGGGAAUAUUGCUCUUUGGACCUCCAGGUACUGGCAAAACAAUGCUUGCAAAAGCUGUUGCUACUGAGGCUGGUGCAAACUUUAUAAACAUAUCAAUGUCAAGCGUUACGUCAAAGUGGUUCGGUGAAGGAGAGAAGUAUGUCAAAGCAGUCUUGACGUUAGCUAGUAAAAUAGCGCCUAGUGUUGUUUUUGUUGACGAGGUGGAUAGCAUGUUAGGAAGACGAGAAAAUCCAGGAGAGCAUGAAGCUAUGUGAAAAAUGAAGAAUGAAUUCAUGGUAAAUUGGGAUGGUUUGCGUACAAAGGAUAAGGAACGAGUGCUUGUGCUUGCUGCAACAAAUAGACCCUUCGACCUUGAUGAAGCAGUUAUUAGGAGGCUUCCGCGCAGGUUGAUGGUAAACGUGCCAGAUGCUCCAAACAGAAAGAAAAUUUUAAGAGUGAUAUUGGCGAAGGAAGAAUUAGCGCCAAAUGUAGAUGUUGAAGCUAUUGCUAAUAUGACGGAAGGGUACUCAGGGAGUGAUUUAAAGAAUUUAUGUGUAACGGCUGCGCAUUGCCCGAUUAGAGAAAUUUUGGAGAAAGAGAAGGAGAAAGCAUCGGCAGUUGCAGAGAACAGGCCAACUCCGGCAUUGCGUAGUAGUGCAGACAUCCGUCCACUUAACAUGGAUGAUUUUAAGUAUGCACAUGAACAGGUAUGUGCUAGUGUAUCCUCGGAAUCUUCAAACAUGAAUGAGCUUCUCCAGUGGAAUGACUUAUAUGGAGAAGGUGGAUCAAGGAAGAAAACAUCUCUCAGCUACUUCAUGUAGAGGAAAUAUGUAACUAUAUACCAUUGGUUUAUUUAUUUUCUUGUUCUGCAACCCGAGAUGGCAGUGGGACCUACAUGGAUAAUCCAUUUCAGGUUCCCCUCAGGCCCUUCUAUAUCAUAUUAGUUCAUAGGAUUUUAUCUUAGCAAUUGCUAGUCUUAAUGAGUCUCUCAAAUCUUGUCUUAUCCAAUUUUCUCCUUUGUAGGUCUCUUCUCUGUAUAUACGAGUUGACUAAUUCAAUAACUGUAUUCUAAUAUUCUUUUUCUGUAUUGAAUAUUGUAUAGUUUGAAUU